AUGGAUGCCUUCCCCCCCAUGCAGACGGCCAUCGUAGGGCUCCCCAACGGCGACCUCGGCGUCCGCUCUGACGUCCCGCUCCCCUCUGAGCUGGCCGACGAUAUGAUUCUGGUGCAGAAUCACGUCGUGGGGCUGAACCCCGUCGACACCAAGAUGACGGGCUCGCUGGGUACGCCGGGCGCGAUCGCGGGAAUGGACUUCGCGGGCACCGUACGGGCGAUUGGUCGUGGGGUCGUGACACCGGCCGGGUCGCUGGCCGUGGGAGACCGCGUGUGCGGCGCGGUGCAGGGGAUGCACUCGCUGACACCGCGCGUGGGGGCCUUCGCACAGUAUGUCGGCGCGACGGAUCACGUCACGCUCAGGCUGCCACCGACGAUGAGCUUUGCCGAAGGGGCGGCGCUGGGGAGUGGCAUCUCGACCGUCGGCCUCGCCCUCUUCCACAUCAUGCGCGUACCGGGAUACCCUGAUGAGCCGGCGCAGACGCCUCGAUUCGUGCUUGUGUACGGAGGCAGCACAGCGACUGGCACCUUGGCCAUCCAAUUGCUGAAGCUGUCUGGAUUGCGCCCCAUUGCGACAUGUUCGCCUCGCAACUUUGAGCUUGUGCGGUCAUUCGGCGCGGAGGAGGUCUUUGACUACCGCUCGUCGACGGCCGCCGCCGAUAUCCGCAAGCACACGCGGAACUCACUGAAGUACGUCCUGGACUGCAUCUCAGAGCCGGAGACAAUGCAGUUCUGCUACGAGUGCAUUGGGCGACUCGGUGGCCGGUACACUGCGCUAGAGCCCUAUCCAUCCUGGCUGCAUACACGUUCCAACGUGGAGCCUGCGUGGGUACUGGGCCCUACACUGUUGGGCAAGGACAUUGGGUGGAGAGAGCCAUUUGGCAGGCCCAGAGACCCUGAAACCAAGGCGUUUGGGGUGAGACUGUUCCAGAUGGCACAGAGAUUGUUGGACGAGGGCAAGAUUAGGACCCAUCCUUUGCAUCCUAUGCCGGGAGGUCUGCAGGGAGUGCUCGAUGGCAUGGAGCUGCUACGCCAGAAACAGAUCUCGGGCAAGAAACUAGUCUAUAGCCUAGAUCCUUGA